AUGUCGGGACUUGAAAAAGCUGUCGAUGUCUGGGUGGUCGAGAUUGCACGGAUUGUCGGCGCGCUCGAGGACGAUGUAAAUGUUCUUUGGCUUGGACAAAACCGAAGCCGAGUCUUCAGCAGCAGUGGGCAAGAGCGCUUUAGCUACUUCGUGCAGUCGCGACGCUCUUUCCUUGAGGGUGCCUGCCAUUUGGUCGGCUGCCCGCGAGAAGGUGCGGGGACCCUUUUCGAAACCUUUGUGUCUUGCUCUGGCUCUCACGCCCAAGAUAUCCAACGUCACGCAGGAAUCCAAGACAUUGGCGAGUCGAGCGGCAAUGGCAAUGGCAAUGGCAAUGGCAAUGUUUUGGUGCGACGCGCUCUCAGGGACUGGACGCAAAGUCGCGCCAAAGUGACAGAAAUCCGAGGCGGUCACAUUUCACACGUCACAUUUUUAUUGCGCAAAAUCCUUGUUGAAAGUGAGCAAUCGAAUAACGAGGAAGUCGCGCAGACUUGA